GAAAUUAUAAAUAAUCAUAAUGACAAUCAAGAAGAAAUAAUUCCUUUCAAAAUGUUGACAUCAAAACUAUAUGAUGAAGUUUGUAAUAUUGCUCCUAAUAUCUAUAUGGAAAAUGAAAACACGGGAAUAGAAUUUUCAUGUUUGUUGGAAUUGAAAGCUACGGACGAUCCUCAUAAACUUUCUAAAAAGAUAGUUGAACUCGUUGAACAAGGAGACAGAUAUACUUAUAUAUAA